CUGAAGACCUUUAUGAAACCAGGCUUUCUUUCUUUUCUUUUCUUGUCUUUUCUGUUCCCUUUUGGAUUAGAGAAUUGAAGAUGGUAGGUUGGAAGCAAGUACUUCUAUAUAUGAACAUACCCUCCAAGAGGUCAAAGAGAACACAAACGUGUCUCAGUCAGUUCUUUGAGAGAGACAUGGAAUUGGAAAAUGAGGUCGUGGAAGAGAUGGAGAGAGAGCUUGAGGAGAUGAGGGAGUGUUACAGGAGUGGGAGGACAAGAGAAGCCUCUUGGAGGAAGUCACAGCUCAACGGAUUGCUUCAACUCCUCAGGGAAAGAGAGGAGGAGAUCUUUAGAGCGCUCCAUCAAGACUUGGGCAAGCAUCCCGUUGAGGCCUAUAGGGAUGAGAUAGGAAGCUUGAUAAAGUCUGUGAACUAUGCAUUGGACGGUUUAUUACGAUGGAUGUCAGGCAAUAAGGCUAAACUGCCGAGAAUCGCAUUACUCUCGACUGCGGAGAUUGUUCCUGAGCCUCUUGGUCUAGUCCUAAUAAUCUCAUCCUGGAACUUUCCAAUUGGACUAUCCUUGGAACCGCUGAUAGGAGCGCUAGCUGCGGGCAAUGCCGUGGUUUUGAAACCUUCAGAGUUGGCUCCGGAAUGCUCUUCUCUUCUAGCCAAUGCUAUUCCUCGUUAUUUAGACUACAAAGCUGUGAAGGUCAUUCAAGGCGGUCCUGGCACCGGUGAACGACUUUUGCAUUGGAAAUGGGACAAAAUAUUCUUCACAGGGAGUGCCCGAAUAGGACGAAGAGUCUUAGCGGCAGCAGCGGAGCAUCUGACGCCCGUAACUCUGGAGCUUGGUGGAAAAUGCCCUGCUGUGAUAGACACUCUCUCCAGCUCUUUCGACAGAAAGGUGGCUGUGCAACGAGUUCUUGGGGCAAAAUUUACAUUCUCGGCAGGACAAGUAUGCAUUGGAGUGGACUAUGUCCUAGUGGAGAAGAAAUUCAGUUCCACUUUGGUCGAAUUGAUGAAGGUCGAGAUGAAGAAGAUGUUAGGAGAAAACCCGAGGGAGUCGCGUACUGUUUCGAGAAUCGUGAAUAAGCAUCAUUUCUUAAGAUUGCAGAGCCUUUUACUUGAUCCUUUGGUCAAAUCUUCUAUUGUCCACGGGGGAUUGAUGGAUGAAGAGAACCUGUUCAUUGAGCCGACGAUCUUGAUGGAUCCUCCACUUCAAGCAGCAAUCAUGAAGGAUGAAAUUUUUGGCCCGUUACUUCCCAUUGUAACUCUAAACAAGAUAGAAGACAGCAUCGAGUUCAUAAACUCGAGGCCUAAGCCAUUAGCCAUCUAUGUCUUCACCAAAGAUGAGUCGCUGGGGAGGAGCAUGGUAUCGAAGACAUCGUCUGGGAGUGUCGUAUUCAAUGAUACAAUCAUUCAGUAUCUAGCUGAUGCUCUCCCGUUCGGCGGGAUUGGCGAGAGCGGGAUGGGCAAAUAUCACGGGAAGUUCUCCUUCGACACCUUCAGCCACAAUAAAGCAGUGCUGAGAAGAAGCUUCCUCGUCGACUUCUGGUUCAGAUUCCCGCCUUGGAAUGAUGACAAGCUGCAGCUCUUCCGGUCGUCGUAUUGCUACGACUACCUCGGGAUCGUUUUGACCGUGCUGGGCCUGAAGAGGACGAACGGAGUCUCGAAACGCGACUAGACAUCUAUCUGCGCAUGCCCGCCCACCAUGUCCUUUGUGUUGUAUUUAUGGUGGGUUAAUGGAUCAACGGAUGUGAGCAAAACGAGAUACGUCUCUUCCGUUCACGUAUCUCAUUAAAUUCAUAUAUCUCUCGAGUUCAUGUAUUUCUUGGAUUCGUGUAUCUACUUAAUUCACGUAUCUAUUUAAUUCAUGUA